AUGGUCAACAAGAGAAAGCAUACUAAUAAUAUCAAUGUUCUUUGUGAUUCUAAUGGAAAUUGGUUUAGAGAUAGGAAAGAUAUUAGUAAUCUUCUUACUAGUCACUUUAGUAAGGUUGCUACUUCUACUAAUCCUAUUCUUGCUGAUAAUGAUUUUGGUGUUAUUCCAUAUAUUAUCUCUGAUUCUGAUAAUGUUAUGCUCCAUGUUGUUCCUACUGAUAUUGAAAUAGAAAAUGUUGUUAAAAGUAUGCCUGCUUGGAGUUCACCUGGUCCAGAUGGAUUUCAAGCAGGGUUUUAUCAAACACAAUGGCAAUUAGUUGGUAGAGAUGUUAUUGAUGUUGUUAAAAGAUUUUUUCAAAGUGGUCAUAUGCCAAGAUGUCUUAAUAAUACUUAUAUCUCACUAAUACCUAAGUCUAAUAGAAUUGGACCUUAUCUUAAGAAGCUAAUCUCUCCUUAUCAAGCUGCAUUUGUACCAGGAAGAACAAUUCAUGACAAUAUUAUUAUUGCUCAUGAAAUGAUUCAUUCUAUGAAACAAAAGGAAGGUUUAGUGUAUGAGCCAAGUAGGGGCAUUAGACAAGGGGAUCCUUCAUCCCCUUAUAUUUUUAUUCUUGCUAUGGAGUACCUUUCUAGAUCUUUGUUACUUGCUGAAACUAACAAAACUAUUGGUCAGAUGCUAAACUUUGAAAAAUCUUGUAUGUAUUUUAGCAAGAAUAUUAGUCCUAAUGAUUGUGUUGUUCUUGCUAGUGCUUUGAAUAUGACUAUUAUCUCUGAUUCAGAGAAAUAUCUUGGAACACCUCUUUUGUUAGGUAACUCUAAGAUCAAAUCUUUUGAUCCCUUAAUGCAAUCUUUUCAAGCUAGACUGAACAACUAUGUCAGUACCACUCUUAACCAAGCAGGUAGAUCAAUUUUAAUCAAAUAUGUUUUGAAUACUUUACCUGCAUAUCAAAUGGGAUGUUUUAAAAUUCCUUCUACAUUGAUAAAACAUUUAGAUACUUUGCAGAGAAACUUAUGGUGGGGACAUAAGGCAGGUAAAGGUAUUAAGUUCACUUCUUGGGAUAAUAUCAAUAUGCAUAAGGACUUAGGAGGUUUAGGUUUCAGAGAUUUAGAAUCUUUUAAUACUGCUCUUAUCUGUAAGUUAGUAUGGGAGAUUGUUACUGAACAAGAUGAACUAUGGGUCCAACUGUUAAGUGCUAAAUAUUUUAAAGAUUGUAGUAUUUUGCAUCUGGAUAAACUUAAAGAGAAUUGUUCAUGGAUAUGA